AUGAAACCUAGGAGCUUGCUCAUUGGAAUGGUUUUUCUGAUUCAGACAGUCACUGGAAUCUUAGCUAACAUUGUCCUUCUGUUCCACUAUCUCUCUCUGUGCUUCACUGCAUAUAAGUUAAGGCCUACAGAUCUAAUAGCAGAACACUUAACUAUAGCCAACACACUGAUCAUGCUGUCAAAGGGAAUCCCACAGACAAUGCAAGGCUUUGGGCUAAAGUAUUUCUGUCAAGUUAGUAGAUGCACACUUCUUUCAUAUGUCUACAGAGUGGCGAGGGGUGUCUCAGUUAGUACAACCUGCCUGCUGAGUGUCUUCCAGACUAUUAAGAUCAGCCCUAUGAAUUCCAUUUGGAAGGAGCUUAAAGGUAAACUUCCCAAGAACAUUGGUUUAUCUAUUUUUUUCAGUUGGAUUCUCUAUAUGCUGGUAAAUUGUAUUUUUAUGUUUUAUGGCAUCAUCAAAUAUACCAGCAUAAAUAUCACAGAGUUAGAAGACUUUGGAUACUGUUCUUGUAUGUUUAGGGAUGGAAUCAUAGAAGUAUUAUAUAUAGAAUUUGUGUUGUUGCCUGAAGUUUCAUGUUCUGCGCUUAUGAUCUGGUCCAGUGGCUCCAUGAUUUACUUUUUGCAGCAGCACAAGCAGCGGAUGCAAUAUAUUCAUAAGACAAAUGAUUUCCAGAAAACUUGCCCUGAGACCAGGGCCACCCACAGCAUCUUCAUCCUUGUAUGCACCUUUGUUUCUUUUUACACCCUCUCCUCAUUCUUUUAUGCUUGCAUUGCAAAUUUCAGAAAUCCUAGUUGGUGGCUCAUGAACACCUCUGCACUGUUUGCCACCUGCUUCCCCACGGUCAGCCCAUUCGUUCUCAUGAGCUGCAACUCUACUGCAGCCAGACUCCGGAUCAAAUUAUCAGGUUUUUUCAGCAGCAUGUAA